AUGCCCUACGAUCCUGAGUCACCAUUGGACACCCAAAUACACACAUCCGUCGCAUCAUCGCUGAAGAAUCUGCGAUAUGACGACUCAGAAAAUGCCUCAUACAUUGACUGUCUACUUCUGCACUCUCCUCUUCCUACUAUUGACCAAACACUACAAGCCUGGAAGCUACUGGAAUCGUAUGUGCCCGACAAGAUUCGAUCCCUCGGUAUCUCGAACGUCACACUCCCAAUUCUCCAAGCCAUCCACGAGAACGCCACAAUAAAGCCGUCGGUCGUUCAGAAUCGCUUCUACCCUCAGACGCGGUAUGAUGUACCGUUACGCGCGUUUUGCCGUGAACACAACAUUACGUAUCAGUCGUUCUGGACUCUAACCGGCAAUCCUUCUCUUAUAAGAUCCGAGCCGGUCGCUGCGUUGGCUCAGGCGGCAGAUGUCGGUCUGCCAGUCGCGCUUUACGCCCUCGUCAUGGAUCAGGGAGUUGUGGUGCUGAAUGGGACUACUUCGCGUGAUCAUAUGUGGUCGGAUCUGGAGGGUGUUGACAAGGUGCGUGACUGGGCGCUGUCACAACCUGACGGCUUCAAGGCUAUUAGCGAGGCUUUCAAGUCACUGCUCGCAUGA